AUGGAGCCCGACACCUCCACCUCCCCCGCCGCCGGGACGUCCCCUGCUGCGGUCCUUGAGCAUGGUGAGCCCUCCGUGCGCGACCCGAGCCUCCUAUCGCCCGCAUUCUCCCCUGCGCCGUCUCCCGGCCUCGUCCCUGCGUCUGGAUCCGGAUCCGAGUCAUCCUGGUACCAGCAGAUCCCACUUUCGCCGGCUGUGGCGGCGGGGAAUGGCUCCCUCUCCGCCCACGCGCACGCGACGUCGUCGUCGCCGUCCGUGCCCUCCUCCUCCUUCCCCACAGCCGGCACGCUCCCUAUGGUGGGUUAUGAUCUGUUCGGCAAUCCAGAAGCGACGGCGGCAACCCCUCUCCCGACGCUCCUCGGAGGCCAGUGGGAGCAAGGGGGGUUGUCGUCGAUGGCAGCGUCGGUCCUGCCAGAGUGCCCAAGCCCGGGCUUGUUCGGGUUCGCCGGCGAGUCCGCGGCGUGGCUGAGCGACGAGAUGUCGUCGUCCUUCUUCUCGCCGCCGCCUGCUAGUGGCCUGGCGCCGCAGAGCAGCGACAACUUGGUAGGGUUCGCGCAGCCGUCAUCGGACUCUGAGAUGGAACCGCUAUCGCAGAGGUUGCGUAUACCUUCGCUGGCGGUGGAAGACAGCCCCGUCGACGCCCCACUGCCGCCCAUCGAGGAUGAGGAGAUAGAUGUAAGUGCUUUCCUUGUCUCGGAUCCAGAGGAUCAGCUGCCCAAUGCAUCGUGGAUGGCGACUAGUCCGCAGAUGGGCGGCGGCGGCGGUGGUGGCGGCGGGGCAAGUGCAUCGUGGAUGGCGCCAGGGAGCACCUGCAACAACUGGACGCCGAUGUUGGCGCCGACGGCGGCGAGCACGUGCACCAUGGUAAGCACCAGCAGUGGGAGCAUGGCCUGCCACUUCGGCGGCUCGUCCAUAGGCGUCGCCAGCUCCAUCGGAGGUAUGAUGAAGCCAUCAUCACCUGUGCUGCCGCUGGUACCGCCAUCACCCCAGGCUGCCGGCGCUAGCAGCACCAACUUUAACGGCUUCGCGCAGCCAUCUUCGAGUUCCGUUCUCGCCCCACAUGCGCCAAAUCUACAAGGGCCUCUGCUGCCGGUGAAGCAGGAGGUCAUGGAGAUGGAGUACGUCGACGCCACAGCACGCCGUCAUCCUGACUUCAUAUCACUCGUCGACGACGAUGAGGAUGGGAUAUAUCAGGAUGUUAUCCCGUGCUCCAUUGCUGGACUAAACGGAUGGUCUAGGAGCAGCAGCGGCCACAGACAGGGACCAAGUUUCGCGCCGGAAGCAGAGAGUAGGUACAACGUCUUCGGCAGCUGGGGCAGCAACAGCAGCAGCCCUAGCUUUGGUCCGGGAAGCUGGGGCGGCGGCAGCAGCAGCAGCAGCCCUAGCAUUGCUCCAGGCAUCUGGGGUAGUAGCAGCGGCAGCCCUAGCUUUGCUCCUGGAAGCUGGGGCGGCGGCAGCAGCAGCAGCCCUAGCUUUGCUCCCGGCAGCUGGGGCGGCGGCAGCCCUAGCUUUGCUCCCAGCAGCUGGGGCAGCAGUAGCGGCAGCCCUAGCUUUGCUCCCAGAAGCUGGGGCGGCAGCAGCAGCAGCAGCAGCCCUAGCUUUGCUACCAGCAGCUGGGGCAGCAGCAGCAGCAGCCCUAACUUUGCUGGGAGCAUGCCGUGUUUCGAUCGAAGCAUGUCCAUUGACAACUACAGCUCCAGCUCCAUGCUGAAGCUGUCCAUCGGAGGGAAGAUGCCAUCCACUUCUGGUCUGCCACCGCUGCCAAGGGCAGGUGCUAGCAGCAGCAAAAGUGGCGCUGGGAUCGUUUUCACCGAUCCUGAGAUGGCGAUCAUCGCGAAGGACAAGAAGCUCCAAGAACUUUUGAGAACUGAUCAGAAGAAGGUGAAGAGGAUUCUGUAUAACCGCGCGUACUCCGCAACGGCAAAGGUCCGCAAGGUGAUGCACACCAAGAACCUGGAGCGCAUGAUUGUGACACUGGAGGAGGAGCGCAAAUCCUUGUAUGCAGAAUUGCAAUCGCUAGAGGAGGGAUCUGCUGCGCUCAUGGCACAAAAGAUGGAGAUGGAAAUGAUCAUUGGGGAGCUAGAGCAACAGACGAUGCUCAAAGAUGCUGUGAGGGAAGGACUAAAAGCUGAGAUCCAAAACCUUAAACACCUGAAGCUCAAUUAA